AUGCGGCUCUCCCAGCUUGCUGUCUUGGCUUCCUUGACGAUUGAUGCUGCGCUUGGUUUGUCUUAUGGCUCGUCAGGACCACUCAAGCGCAGCGUCUUCGCCGAGGAGGACCCUCCCCAUGUCUGGGCCGCGCACAAGUUCAAGCAGCUCGAGGCUCGCAUAAUUCCCUAUCAAUCACAUGGCUACUCCCACCCAUCUCUUCUGAGCGCCCGCGAACAGGACGAGAGCCUGCCAGCACGGCUUCGCAAUGUCACCGAGAGCGACCUCCGCAAGGCGAGGGAGAUCGUGGAGCAGGCUGUCGAGAAAGCCGCUGUGCUCAACCGCAAGCGUCUUGACAAUCCCCUGAGAAACAACUACAAGCUUCAAGAAGGCACCAAGGUCUACGGCCGCCGCGACAACACGAAUGAUGCCGCACCACCCCUGCUUACCAUCACCGAUGAGAUUGCCGAGGCCGCGGCCCUCGUUGCUGAGGCAGAGGUGUUCGGAGACAGCCCCGACCCGAGCUUCGCACUAACAAACUCCACCGAGGGCUUGGAAAGCCGCCAGAACCGUGGAUUCUGGAUGGAGAGAAUGGCGCACCAGGGUUCAUGGCCCUGGGGGAAGAACUCGGCAGAUUUCAAAGUCUUUCGCAAUGUCAAGGACUACGGCGCCGUGGGCGACGGGAAAACAGAUGAUACCAAAGCCAUCCGCAAGGCGAUUGAGGACGGUGGCAUGUGUGGCGACGGAUGCUACUCGUCCACCACGCAUGGCGCCAUUAUCUACUUCCCCACGGGCACGUACCUCGUCAGCUCCACCAUCGAGAAGCACUACGGGACACAAUUGAUUGGCAAUCCGAACCUCAAACCAGUCAUGAAAGCCUCCAAGUUCUUCGUCGGUCUUGGGAUUUUCUCCACCAACAAGUAUUACGGUGACGACCAACAGGAUGAAGCCAAGCAGGAUCACGCAUGGCAUAUUAACACGGCAAGGGGCAUCUUCUGGGGUCAGAUCCGCAACUUCGUGAUUGACCUGACCGGGGCGUACAAGAAGGUCAUGAUGACUGGCCUCCACUACCAGGUGUCUCAGGCGACGAGCCUGCAGUACGUCGACUUCUUGGCUUCCACGGACGCGGAUGCCGAGCAGAGAGCAAUCUUCGCCGAGAACGGAAGCGGUGGACACAUGAGUGAUCUUACAUUCACCGGCGGCAAGUUUGGCAUCUACGGCGGCAACCAGCAGUUCACCGGCCAGCGCAUCACGUUCACCAACGUGCGCACGGCGGUCCAGCUGGUAUGGGACUGGGGCUGGACGUGGAAGUCGGUCGUCGUCGACGGCUCGGGCACCGCGUUCAAGCUCGUGUCUGAGGAUGGCUCGCACGGCAUCGGCGGCGCGCUAAUCGUCGACAGCCUUAUCAAGAACACCAAGACCGCGGUGGCCAUGUUUUCGCCGACGCGGGAGCUCGGCAAGGGCACCACGGGCCUGACGCUGGACAACGUGCGGCUCGAGAACGUCGAGGUCCUGAUUGACGAGACGAGCGACGGCAAGAGCUCGGUGCGCACGACGCCGGUCGAGGGCGGCAAGAAGGACAUUGACCUGUGGAUCCUCGGGCGGACGUACCAGAACAACACGCUUGGUACGGAGCUGAUCCAGGAGACGACCUCGGGUCGCGUCCCGGAGCUGCUGGACGCCAGCAACCCCCUUGGUCUCGCCAAGAAGCCGUUCUUCGAGCGCGCCAAGCCCCAGUACGAAUCCUUCUCUACUGCGGACUUCGUAAGUACGAAGAGUGCCGGUUGUAAAGGUGAUGGAAAUAGCGACGACAGAAGCUGUCUCCAGGCCGUCAUUGAUGAUGCCGCCAGGAACGGUAAGAUUGUGUUCAUCGACGCCGGCACUUAUAUCCUCGGGGACACCCUGCAUAUACCACCCGGGACUAGAAUCGUGGGCGAGAAUUGGGCACAGCUCGCUGCUACUGGAGCCAACUUUGGCGAUGAGACGAAACCUCGGGCUUUGAUCAGAGUCGGCAACCCUGGAGACAAGGGCAGAGUUGAGAUGCAAGACCUAAUUAUCACGUCCAAGGGGGAGACUCCGGGUGCACUGUUCAUCGAAUGGAACAUCGAGGCCGAGAGCCAGGGCGCAGCCGCCAUGUGGGAAGUUCACGUACGCGUAGGUGGUACUGACGGCAGCGGGUUAACGUCUGCCAAAUGCCCACCUGCGCGCUCCGGAGUCCCCACAGGGUGCAAAGGCGGUAGUAUGAUGAUGCACUUGACCCGGUCUGGGUCCGCGUACAUUGAGAACGCCUGGUACUGGGUGGCUGACCACGAUCUGGACGAUCCUACCUGGGUAGAUAACAAUAACAAGAUGACUCAAACCUCAGUCUAUGUCGCCCGAGGCUUCCUGGUCGAAAGCACCAAGCCGUCAUGGCUGUAUGGGACGUCGUCUGAGCACUCGGUUUACUACCAGUACGAGUUCUACCAGGCGGCUAACGUGCUCGCCGGCAUGAUCCAGACCGAGCAGCCGUACUACCAGCCCACGCCGCCGGCACCUGCGCCUUUCGAGGCCGCGCUGCGCGUCUUCCGCGGCGAUCCAGGUUUCCGGUGUACCACCGAGGAGCCGUGUGACUCGGGCUGGGGCCUCCGCGUGGUUGACUCGAGGGAUAUCACUAUCCUCGGGGCCGGGCUGUACUCGUGGUUCUCCACCUACACCCAGGACUGCCUGGCUACAUCGAGCUGUCAGCAGACCAUGGCCGAGCUGACAGGAAACCGAGGCAAGAUCAUUAUCCACAACCUGGUCACGAUCGGAGCGGUUAACAUGCUACGGUCCGACAAGCAGCUUGUAACGGCCAAGGACAACCAGGCGGUCGACUUCCACCCGUUCUGGAGCCAGCUGAGCCGCUUCGAGGCGCGCGAGUUCAAGAACCCCGUGACCGCUGAGCCGGUGCUCGAGCACGGCGACGGGACGGACCCGACAGAUGCGAUCCGGGCGGACCUGGCGUCGGUGUGCUUCAAGGGCGACACGUGCGUCAGCCUGCUCGACGCAAAGGCGUCUGCGUGCGAGAGCGGCUACACGCGCGUGGGCUGGGACUCUGCCGACUGCUGGGGCGCCAACGCGCAGAUCAUCUGCUGCAAGACGUCGGCGGCGCCGAGCGAGUGCUCGUGGCGGGCCAACGUGGGCGACAUUAAGACGGACUGCAGCGGGCGGUGCGAGGCCGGCGAGGUCGCGCUGUUCGGCUCGAUGCCUGGCGGAGGCCUGCAGAUGGACUCGUCGGACCGCUGCGUCCGGGGCGAGAAGAAGUUCUGCUGCAAGCACAGGGGCUUCUCGGCGCUGACGGCCGGCUGCGAGUGGCACCGGCAGCUGACGUGCUUCUCGACCAAGCAGUGCCCGGCAGGGAAGACAUCCGUCGCCACGAGAGUCAUAGACAGCGGCGGACCACUGGGGUGCAUGCCGACAGAGGACUACUGCUGCCCAUCGGACCGCCUCCAGCUCAACAACUGCCACUGGGUCGGGCAGGGCGACUGCGAGCACGUCUCGUGCGACAACCGCGAGAUGACGGUGGCCACGGGCCUCUACGGCGAUGUCGGGCUCGGCUGCAACUGGCAGCGCAGCAAGUCGCUGUGCUGCCGGGCCUCCCUUCAGGAGCCGCCGGCGUCGUGCGGCGAGCCCCUGUGCAAGGUUGAGCCGUGGGAGUGUCCGUCCGACGAAGGGCCCUGGAACGAGGACGCCGGCGAGCCGGCCGACAACGAGGCCCGGGCGUCCGGGGUGGUGCUGGAUAAGAGAUCCGAGCGGCGGCCGUUCCGGGUCUGGGACACGGCCAAUGUCGCCCUCAUGAUCCGGCUGCUGGCCCGGUACUACUACGGCCCGUCCGAGGCAUACGGCGGCGUCAACGGGGCUCUGCCCGGCAUGAAUCCGGCCGGCGUCCGGCCGGCCUUCAACCUGCGCGACUGCACCAUCCUCGACGAGUACGACGUGGCCACGACCCUGACCAACGGGUACGCUGGCCACGAAGAGGACCACACCAUCGACCUCCAGUGGGCGCAGGGCCUCCUCCACGUCAUGCUCAACGGCAUCACCAUGACGGGCCGCGACGUCCGGCACCUCUUCACCCCGAUCCCCUUUGCCGCCGCGCAGGCCUUCUGGAACGACCAGAACCACCUGCUGCCCCUCGGCAUGCGGCAGAUCUCGGCCACGACGGUCGCUGCCGACGUGCGCACCGUCAACGAGCGCAUCUUUGAGAUCAUGGGCAGCAAGACCAACGUGCGGCCCUUCCUCCUGCUCGAGAGCGAGCUCAACGGCGUCAAGGGCCGCAUCUUCAACUCGCGCUACGACAGCAAGACCCGCAAGCUCUCGGCCAACACCAACCCCGUCACCGACAAAAAAAUGAGGGACGCCGCCGCCGCCAUGCUGGCCACGAACGACCCCUUCGGCCCCAACGGCAACAUCCGCUUCCUCACGCACCUGCGCUCCGUGCUCGCCGUGUGGCGGUACAUUCUCUCGGACCUCGCGCUGCCCAUCAUCCAGCAGACCCGCCGCGAGCUGCGCGAGGACAUAGUCGCCAUGGAGGCCGCCUCGCACAACGUUGCCAGCACCCCGCACAACCUCGCCGGCUUCACCGACGCGUUCGACCAGCACGACCCGGACUACUGGGCCAACGGCGCUGACCACAGCAGGGACUGGAUCGCGCGCUGGUACUUCCACGGCAUCCGCGCCAUCAGUGACCACGAGGCAGCCCACGGUGCGCACCCGGAGGCCGUCUGGAUCAUUGCCGAGCUGGACCGCAUUCUCCGGGACGCAAUGAGGAACAUCUGGCCGCCGCCGCCGCCGUAGGUGGUCGUGAGUGGCUGUGUUGCUGGAUCAGGGGUUGAACCGCAGGGGGAGGUUGUAGUGUCAGCGAUACAAUUUGUUUGCAUGAUUCACGGGUGACGAAGGAGCCCACUGCUUACACUCGAGAUGCAUUCUCGUAAACUCGACAGGUGCCAAUGACCAAGAAUCUCAAUUUCACGCUUUGUUUUGUGUAAAUAUUGUCAAUCUCUGCGGAGCGAAUAGCACAUUUUCUAGGCUGUGAUUAUUGGCACUCACCCACAUUGGUGUUUUUUCAACUCACAUUUCACAAAUUAAUACAAUAGAACGCGACAGAAUUAAUCGGCGGG